AUGGCGUCCAAUAUAAAGUCGGAGACUCCGCCCUCCGUGUCCAUAUCCCAGUCGCAAGUGGAGGAGAAGCUGCCGGCGCACCCCGAAGAGCAGCACCUCAAGAAGAGAUUCAGCCUCCUGUCGGUCGUGGCCUUUGGCUUCACCACGAUGAACUCGUGGGUGGCGUUCGCCUCUGGCGUCGCCGUGCCCCUGGCCUGCGGCGGUGGCCCGGGCAUCAUCUACGGCCUCGUCGCCGCGGCCGUGGUCAUGGUCAUCAUCAACGUCGGCUUCGCCGAGCUUGCCUCUGCGUUUCCGUCUGCCGGCGGCCAGUAUCACAUCGUCUACAUGACGUUUCCGCCGUCGACACGCCGCGUCGCCGCCUUCUUCACCGGAUGGGUCAGCGUCAUCUACAUCAUGGCCGGGCUGGUGUCGUGCGACCUCUUCGUCGCGGGGUCCAUCCUCGACGUCGUCAGCCUGUGGAACGAGGACUACCAACCCCAGGCCUGGCACACGUAUCUGCUGCACAUCCUGCUCUGCAUCGUCGCGUUCCUGGUCACUUCCUGGUUCCCGUCGGCUGUGGGCAAGCUGGGCGUGGGCAUCACGGUGCUGUCGCUCGUCGGCUUCGUGGCCUCGCUGGUGACGCUGCUCACUGUCCAGGAGGUCAAGCAGUCGUCGGACUUUGUCUUUAGGGACUACCAGAACGUCAGCGGCUGGCCCGACGGCUGGGCCAUCUUCAUCGGCAUCACCGGCUGUCUCUGGGCGUACAGCGGCGUCGACGCCCCGACGCACGUCUCGGAAGAAGUGCCCAACCCGAGCCGGAACGUGCCCAUUGCCAUCAUCACCACCAUGGCCCUGGGCGUCGUCACCGUCACUGCCUGGAACAUUGCACUCAUGUUUGUCAUUACCGAUCUCCAGGCCCUCAUCGAGUCCGGGGUCCCGAUCCUCGAGGUGUACAACCAGGCGCUCAACUCCAAGGUGGCCACGACCAUCUGGGCCGUCUACUACAUGGUCAUGUUCUACGACAUUGUCCUCAACCUCUUUAUCUUUUCCGGGCGGACCAUCUGGUCGCUUUCCCGAGACGGGGGCGUGCCUUACUCGGACUACAUCUCUCGCCUCAGCCGGGCCAGCCCUGUGCGCGCCACGGCCGUCAUGCUGGUCCUGCAGAUGAUUGUCGGCGUCCUCUAUGUUGCGUCGUCGACGGCUUACAGCAGCUUCAUCAACCUGAAUCUGUUUGCGCUCAACAUCACCGUGGCACUGCCCCAGGCUGCCGUCCUGUUCCGAGGCCGCGGCAUCCUCCCCGAGCGAGCCUUUUCUCUGGGCAGGUUUGGCUACGUGAUCAAUGCGGUGGCCACGCUGUUUGUCGCCUUCUUCUCCGUCUGCUUCUGCUUCCCUGUUGGCUAUCCCGUCACCGGGAGCUCGAUGAACUAUCUGAUUGUGGUUAUGGCGGUUGGGCUGGUUGUCACCACGGUUGCGUGGUUUGCGAAGCUGCGCAAGACCUUUACCGGGCCUCGCUUGGAGAGUUACGGCGACGAGACUCUGCAUUAG